AUGGACAUCUUCUUGAGCAAAGUGACCCAGCAGGCAAUGAACUAUGCCAUUCGCUCGGGGGUCACCUUGACGGCUUCAUAUGCGAUCAGACAAUCCACAAAGCUGCUCAACAGUGCUCCUAAGAGCGAUGUCCGAGAUGAACUCUAUGCUCUUCAGCAACGUCUCCAGAAUAAAAUUCGCAUUGUCUCCCCGGCAAUCGAUAUGAUCGAAUUGAUUGCGGCUCGGGGCAACACCGCUCUAGAGUCUGCAGUUUCAUUGACAAAAGAGCUACGCAUCGAGAUUCAGUCUAUGGGUCAACGGUUUGCCCAGACUGCUGCUGACUCUGAGAAAGUCAACCGGAAGAAUAGAGGCAGCAGACAGCCAGAUCCUCAGAUCGAAUAUGAGAUGAGACUGCUUGUCAAGGAUACAAAGAGGCUGCUUGAACGGAUCGAGGAUGCGGUUCCCCUCAUCAACUUGGCCAUUACCACCUCAGGAGCGAGCCUGUCGACAUCGCUACCUCACACCGUCUCUCCAUCGCGGCUGUUACAAGCUAGCACGUUCCUCACGGCUGGAGACACUCAAUAUCAAAUGUCCCCGCAGCAUGCUGUGCAAAUCGGACCCACUUUCACUUUGACAGUGUAUAUGCUGUUUGCCGGCCACGACCGCCCACAGGAUGAGGAGGAUGUCCGGGAGACGACGUGGAAAGAAGUCAUCCAUAAAGCGAGGGUCAAACUUCGACGAGUUCCUCUUGAUAUGGUAAUGGGCACAGGCUCUGGGUCAGACGCCAUACCAUCCGUGGAGAUAUCAUCUCCGAUCGCGAUCCCAAGCGCCGAUGCUAGCAAUUCCAUACCUGCGGAUGCGCGUGCCGAUGAAUACGCCUAUCAGAUGAUGAUCAUUGAGGAUUUCGACGAUGACCGCGUCCAUGAUUUCGAGGAAGAUCAACCAUGCCCAGGCCCAUUUGACGACGUGAGACUGGCGGGCAUCCGCGAGAUGAUUCCAAUCCAUGAAAUCUCCAAGAUCUUCUACGCCGACACAAGCAAGGUCCUCAACAUCGGGGCAGACAUGGAAAGCAACCAUCCCGUCUUACUGCUCAAGCGAGAUCUGAACGCCGUGCCUCCCAGAAGGAUGAUGGAAAGAGACGAACUUGUCGACCACGAACCUGACGUUGAGGAGGGCUCUACAACCGGUCCAGCAGAUUACGAGCAGCAUAAACCUUUCGAUGACCUGGAACAAAGAGAACGAGACCCCUGGCGUUUCCCACCAUCUCUGGACCCCGAAUGGAUCGCCUUCGAGGUCUACGCCGAGUCCGAAUCGGACGACUCAGGAUCCGAGACCGAGGAAGCUGACACUUCGCGCUCAGACGUCGACGGUGAAGCUUCGCAGCUGGCUAAUUCCAUAUCGGACAUGCACAUCACUUCGCAGUCGUCUCAAACCGAGUUGCGCACCAAGCAGUCUCCGCCAUGGGUCAAUGCGAUCAAGACGUCCCUGUCGCUCCUCGAGCUCCUUCUCCGUCUGACCUCGCUGCAACAAUUCCAGCAACAACCCCAUCUCUCCAUCAACGACGAACUGCUGAACUUCUUCCUCGAGGAGAGCGCUUCCACCGGCGCAGGUGGCGAUGAGCAGUAUAGGCAAGCGCUCCGCGCAGACGCGAGACGCCGUGUCGGAUGGGACCCGUACGACGAGAGCCCGAUGAAGAAACGCGGCGAGGACUAUCAAUAUUACAGUCCAAGCCCGCAGCCUAGUCCGGCCGACUCUGCACCGCGCGGCUCACCUGGCCCGUGGAGUCCGCGCAAUGCUCACGCCAGGUCAGUCUCUGCCGCUUCGCAGUUCCAGGCCUCGCCUUCGCCUAGGACAUCGCCACUGCCCGUGCCGGCUGAUCGGCGGCGCGGAGGUCGCGCUUCUUGGUUGAAGAGGGAAGAUGGUCGGAAGGGAAGUCCGUUGAGGCCACAGACUGCCGUCACGGACGAAGGAAUUGGCACAAGCCCAGCUAGUGGAGUGGAGAAGGGAUGA